AUGGACUAUGGAUCUGGUACACCCUUGCAGCUUAACCAUCCCCCGUGUCCACCUCCACCCACUGCAGAUGCUCACCUCUUCCCAGUGGUGUCCCCACAGUGCGUCGAGUGGGUUGCACCAGGAAGGGUGACACAUGCAGAAGCAAGGCUGGAGAGGCUGUCCAAUAAGCAGCAGAUUGGUCGAAAUAAGUUUGAGAUCAGAGUAGUCUGUAUGCCAGCUGAAAGUCAGAUUUUGAAAAACAACUUUGGAGGUUUUGAGGCAGAAAGUACUCUUGAAAAUGCAGUUACAGAUUCCAUUUCCUCUUUUUUCUCCCUUCAGGUUCUGCUGCUUGCACGUGCAGAAGAUUUAGAAUGUGUCCCUGGAUUCCAGCAAAAGGUUUUCUAUAUUGAACAGCCAUUUGAAUUCACAGAGGACCAGCCAGUCCUGAACCUUGAAUUUGAUGACUGCAAGGGGAAUAACAAAUUGAACUUCGAAGUGUCUAACCCAGACUUUAAGGUGGAACGUGACGGGUCUUUAGUAGCACUAAAGAAUAUCUCGGAAGCUGGUGGAGCCUUGUUUGUCCACGCGCGGUCUGAGCAUGCUGAGGAUAUGGCAGAAAUUUUGAUUGUUGGAGCAAAUGAAAAACAUGGUGCAUUAAAGGAAAUCUUUAAGAUAGAAGGCAACCUUGGAAUUCCAAGACAAAAAAGGGCUAUUUUGGCAACUCCAAUAUUAAUUCCUGAAAAUCAAAGACCACCGUUCCCCAGAUCUGUUGGCAAGGUAAUUGUUAGCAAGUUCAUACCUCAUAAAUGUAUUAGGAUCUAUGGAGGGGUCAAAGGUGUAGAUAAAGACCCAAAAGGAAUUUUUAGAAUCAAUGAGAUCAGUGGGGAUGUCUCCGUGACUCGAGCCCUUGAUAGGGAAGCAAUUGCCAAUUAUGAGCUUCAAGUUGAAGUCACAGAUAUGACUGGGAACACCAUUGAUGGUCCAGUCCGCCUAGAUAUUGCUGUUAUUGAUCAAAAUGAUAACAGGCCAAUGUUCAAAGAAGGACCCUAUGUUGGUCAUGUCAUGGAGGGAUCCCCUACAGGAACGACUGUGAUGCGCAUGACAGCAUUCGAUGCUGAUGACUCUAGCACAGACAAUGCUCUUCUGCGGUAUAACAUCCUCAAACAGACACCUACCAAACCAUCUCCAAAUAUGUUCUAUAUUGACCCGGAAAAGGGAGAUAUUGUUACAGUGGUGUCGCCUGUACUGUUGGAUCGUGAGACUAUGGAAACCCCGAAAUACGAGCUAGUUAUAGAAGCUAAGGACAUGGGCGGUCUUGACGUGGGACUAACUGGCACAGCAACUGCCACUAUUCUUAUUGAUGACAAAAAUGACCAUCCACCAGAAUUUACCAAGAAGGAGUUUCAAGCCACAGUAAAGGAGGGAGUCACAGGUGUAAUAGUAAACUUAACCGUCGGUGACAGAGAUGACCCAGCAACUGGAGCAUGGAGAGCUGUCUACACAAUUAUUAAUGGAAAUCCAGGGCAGAGUUUUGAAAUCCAUACCAAUCCACAGACUAACGAGGGAAUGCUCUCUGUUGUCAAACCUUUAGACUAUGAGAUUUCGGCAUUUCACACAUUGCUGAUCAAAGUAGAAAAUGAAGACCCGCUGAUUCCAGACAUAGCCUAUGGCCCCAGCUCCACAGCAACAGUUCAGAUCACUGUUGAGGAUGUGAAUGAAGGCCCAGUUUUCCACCCAAACCCAAUGACAGUGACAAAACAAGAAAACAUCCCUAUUGGCAGCGUUGUGUUAACAGUAAAUGCCACUGAUCCAGAUACUUUGCAACAUCAGACUAUCAGGUAUUCAGUUUACAAGGAUCCGGCAGGCUGGCUAGAAAUUAACCCCACCAAUGGUACCAUUGGCACCACUGCUAUCCUGGAUCGGGAAUCUCCAUACGUUCAGAAUAACGUAUACACUGCUCUCUUUCUGGCAAUAGACAGUGGUAACCCUCCCGCUACAGGUACAGGAACUUUACACAUCACCUUGGAGGAUGUCAAUGACAAUGUCCCAUCCCUUUAUCCAACACUGGCAAAAGUUUGUGAUGAAACAAAAGAUCUCAAGGUAGUGGUACUAGGAGCAUCAGACAAAGACCUUCAUCCCAACACAGAUCCAUUCAAAUUUGAACUGAGUAAGCAAUCUGGCCCAGAAAAAUUGUGGAAAAUCACCAAGAUUAACAAUACUCAUGCCCAGGUCAUCCUGCUUCAAAACCUGAAAAAGGCCAAUUACAACAUCCCAAUCUCAGUGACAGAUUCCGGAAAACCGCCUCUGACUAACAACACAGAACUGAAAUUACAAGUGUGUUCCUGCAAGAAAUCCAAAAUGGACUGCAGUGCAACUGAUGCCCUUCAUAUCAGCAUGACCCUCAUCCUUCUUUCACUCGUCAGUUUAUUUUGUAAGUCUUUUCUUCAACUGUAA